AUGUCUUUUGUCACAACUAAACUUCUCUACCCGUAUCCCAAACCGCCGUCUUAUUCUAUCGCAUCUCAUCCAGAACACUUAAUUUGGAUACCAACGGCAGAUGCAGCAACACCACUGAUUCCUUGUUUCUAUUAUCCAUCUGAAUCUGAAAACGCUAGAUUCUUUCUGAUAUUCUGUCAUGGAAACGGUUGCGAUAUUGGAAGCAUGCAUACUCUAAUGAUUGAUUAUCGAUCAGCUUUGAACGUGCACAUUCUAGCAUUUGAAUUUCCCUCGUAUGGUCUCUGUUCUGGCACACCGUCAGAGGCAGCAAUCAACAACCAUACGAAACACGCUUUUCAUUUUGUUCACAAUAUCAUCGGCUGGCCUGCCGAAAAUAUCAUUUUCUAUGGACACAGUAUGGGUAGUGGUACAGCAUGUUUUGCAACAUCUUAUUUUCUUCAAAACCACAUCCCCAUCGGUGGUCUAAUACUCCAGAGUGCAUUCAAAUCAUUAUCUGACGUAGCUCGCGAUACACUUGCUAUAUUUCGAUAUUUGUUUACCAGUAUUUGGAAUAAUGUGGAAGAAAUGAAAUUUAUUACAUGCCCCGUACUUCUCAUGCACGGAGCACGCGACUCACUCAUCGCAUUGGAACAUUCACAACGUCUGUGUGAUGCAUGUGUAUCAGAUAAGAAACAUUUGGCGGUAAUCGAUUAUGGUGAUCACAAUACAAUUAGAGCUGAAGAUCGCGUCGAACACAUACGACAGUUUUUGAAUGAAAACUUUUUAAACAAUCACCAGAGAUUACCGUUGCCUAGUUUGCAUUUGGAUGAAAAAUACUGGACAGCUCCAAAUUCGGUUUCCCAGCCUGCUGUUGACACUGCGACCGGUGGAUUAUUUUCGAACUUAUUGGGACUAUCAACGGCAUCAGUGAAUGUCGUCUCUUCGUCCCUGAGAUGGACAAGAUCAUCCUUGUCCUCCUAA